AUGCGCCUCCUGCAUUUCGGAAACGGUCAUCUCAGCCUGGUUGAGUUCCAGGGCAAUGGCACCCCACCUUACGCCAUUCUUUCGCAUACGUGGGGGUCAGAUCUCGACGAGGUCAGCUUGAAGGACAUCGCAGAUGAAGUUGCUCUGCAAGACAUUACAGAUAGCACAAGCCGCAGGAAACCGGGAUAUACUAAAAUUGUCUUCUGCGCAGAGCAAGCAGCAAAGGAUGGUUUAGAAUACUUCUGGGUUGAUACCUGCUGCAUCGACAAAUCAAGCAGCGCGGAGCUCUCAGAAGCAAUCAACUCCAUGUUUCGCUGGUAUCAAGAGGCGGCAAAAUGUUAUGUCUAUAUGUCGGACGUAUCGAUCAAAGACACCAGCUCCUUCCAAGCCAGCCGAUGGUUCACUCGCGGAUGGACACUACAGGAACUUGUUGCCCCGAAGGUCCUCGGUUUCUACUCGGUCGAGGGCGAGCAUAUCGGUGAUAAAUCCUCAUGGUUACAGGAGAUAGUGAACAUAACAAGGAUACCGAAGCGCGUCCUUCAGGGUGGUAGUCUCUUUGAGACGAGCGUUGAGGAGCGAUUAUCGUGGGCAGAUACGCGUUCAACUAAACGAGAAGAGGACCUCGCGUACUCUCUUUUGGGUAUAUUCGAUGUCCAUAUGCCGCUCAUAUACGGUGAGGGCAGAAGGAACGCCUUCUCAAGGCUCCAAGAAGAGAUACUCAAGUCUCAAAGCGGUGAGGCACACUCUACAGGACCCCGUCCGUUGUAG